GUUUCAAAACUCGUCGUUGUUCAACAGAAUUUUCUCGCUCCAUCUCCCUCUACUUUCUCUCUCUGUAUAAGAAUCUUCUUGUUAAUCGCGCAGGGAGUCACCUUCGAUUGCAGUCCUCCGUCGAGGAUGGAUAGCGGAACCGACAAGAUUUCGGAGCUCGAUAAGUACGUGAAUCAGCUGCAAGAUGAGAUGAAGACGGUCGAUGCUUUCAAACAUGAGCUCCCUCUCAGCAUGAUGCUCCUCAAUGAUGCGAUUACGAUAUUGAAUGCUGAGAAAAUGCGGUGCCAGAAGGAACCGAUUCUGAAAGAGUUCAUACCGUUGAAGAAAAGUAGCCCCGGCGACAAGGAUGAGAAAAUCGGCGAAACAGACAUUGUUGACAGGAGAGAGAAAAUGAGUUGGAUGAGUCUUGUGCAGUUAUGGAACAGCGGUAGCAAUGAAAAGAGAGAGGAAGAAUCAGUUGAUCGUGCGGCGGUGGAAAGCAGCAGGGCAGCGGGAACCAGUGAUUUAACGGUUGGAAAAGAGGGCAGGGAUGACUUUCAGUGGCUUUCUCUUGGGAUAAAGAAUUCGAUGGAGGAUGAUUUUAGCGCCAAAUCUGGUUCCAACACUCAAACGGCCGAAAUUGUCAGGAAGCAGCGGCGGUGCUGGUCGCCGGAGCUCCAUGGCCGGUUUCUUGGCGCCCUGGAACAGCUCGGAGGCGCCCAAGCUGCAACUCCUAAACAGAUCAGAGAGAUUAUGCAAGCCGAUGGGCGGCUCACCAUCACCAAAGACGAAGUGAAGAGUCAUUUGCAGAAUUACCGGCUUCGCAACAAAGACGACGACGGCGGCGGCGAGCCACACUAGUCACAUACCGCGAUGUAUAGAGAGAAGCAUACUAGAGUUCUGCAGAUACUGUCGACACAGGCUUUUUGAUUUGUUAGGAAACUCAUAUCUCUAUCAAAUUCCUCUACGUUUUCAUCUUUCAAUAUUAGGAGGAACUUCUUCAAUUUUAUUGAUCCAUACGUAUUAUUCUUGGAUGAAAAGUCCUGUGUUUAAGGCAUCCUACUCCAUUAACGAGAUUGCACUGAAGACUUGUCA